GUACUCCUCUGUAGUCUUCUGUUCAGAAAGGGAAAGAGAAUAAAUCAUUCCUCUGGACAUUGGUUCACUAGGGAGAAGAUCUAUGGCACAGUCUUGUGGUCUAUGACAGGAGUGCCCAAACUCAGUCCUGGAGGGACGAUCUCCUGUAGAUUUUAGCUCCAAGUUGCUUUAACACUCCUGCCAGAAAUCUUCUAUUACACCUAGUAAGAGCUUGAUUAGCUGGUUCAGGUGUGACUAAUUGGGGUUGGAGCUAAACUCUGCAGGGCACCGGCCUUCUAGGACUGAGUUUGGGCACCCUUAGUCUAUGAGGUGGUUGUCUGAAGGCUUGUUUUGGGCAGAAAACAGCACCAAAGUGGGAUUGGUCCUUUGGGAUGUCGAUGAAGCGAUUCUUUAAAGGACUUUCAAUAGAUGUGGAAUGAACUGGAAUCACAACAGGAGAUGAGAUGGGUCUUGGAAGAUCAGGGAAACAGUUCUUGCUCCACUUCAUAUUUGGCCAGAUGACCAUAUGAUGGAAGGAUCAUGGGAACCAUGUCCUGGAAGCCCAAGCACUAUUCCAGCAGUGGAUUCCUCCAGAACCAGUCAAUGUACAUUCUCCACAUGAACUUGAGCAAAACAGAGUCGUCCUUGUCUUCGGUGGACGUCCAGUUAUUGACUGAAUUGUGUACAUGGUUUGACUGAAUCUCUUUUGAGUUGCAGUUGUUGACAUACAGAUGCAGAGAUGAGGUUGUCUGCUGACCCAGAACUUAAAAAGGCAUCCACUGGAACACAAUGAAGAGCAGUAGUGAGUUGCACAACAGUGGUUUCUGUAUGUACACUGGGAUCUACAAAGGAGAUGAGGUAACUACACUCACCACAGGUCAUGGAGGACAGAGGAGACAUGUACAAAUAACGUGGAUAAUAACAAAUCAAUAAGUAACUAUAAGAAACUGUCCUCAACUCAACCUGAAUUCUUCCUGAGACUACAUUUUCCCACUACACCAAAGACAAAUCAUGAUCUACUUCAGCACUGACAAGUGAGAUAAUCCUGGUCCUGGUGUUUGUGUUGUGGUUGCAGGUGAAGACGUUCACAAGAGUAAAAACAAGAAAGCCAGGAUAACAGAAACAGUGUGGCUUUACCGACUUUAAUCAGCACGUCCAGGCUUAGUCCAUUGCACAUUUGCUGAUCCAGGAUGUAGAUAACCAGGAUAAGAGACUUAAUGGUUGUGAGGUGGACCCAUGGAGGAGGUAGGGUAGUUGGCUCCAGAGAAGCAGGUGAUGGAAGAGCCCAAGGUGGAGACGGGGAGCUGAAGAUCUUGGGUGACGUGGUUGACCGGUAGAAGUGAGAUGUGUUGUCGAGUUGGCAGGGCUGUAGGCCUGAUUGGAGCCAGCAUAAGUGGAGGCUGGGUUGGUGCAGACAGGGCAAGAACUUUUUGCGCUGAUGGAUAAUUGUGUAAUAGAUGGCUGUGUUAUAUAUCAGGUUGUAUAUCAGGGGUACUUAACUCUGUUCAUGGAGAUCUACCUUCUUGCAGACUUCAGAUCCAACCCAUAUCAAACACAACUAAAUCAACUAGGAUCUAAAGGAGCACUCAGUAAUUAAACACCAGUGUGUUCGAUUACGGAUGCAGUUGAACUCUGCAGGAAGGUAGAUCUCCAGGAACAAGGUUGGGCACCCCUGUUGUAUAUGAUUACAUGAGACACCUGCAGUAUACCACUGUUUUGUCAUUGCAAGUGUCUAAAUAAAUGUAAAAAAAAAAGUGACAGCGCCAACUAAUGGUCAGGCAUGCAGUUUUUUUUGGAUCUCUGUCAUCGGCAUAAUUUGAAUAACGCUGUUGUCUGUCGUGAAACUUCAAAAUGGUUAUUUGAAUGAACUUCGGGUUGAAUGCCUAAAGUAAGGGCUGUUUUUGAGACACCAGGGUGCAUAAAUUGAGUGAUUUUUUUAUUUAUAAGAAUGGGGAAGUUGUUGUGAAUGUCUCCUUGGUUAGUUUUAUGAUUACAAAACACAAAAAAUCAGCAUCAAAUGCAGAUAUUUAUUAAUUACUGUGACUUCAGCAUGUGGAAAAACUACACUGACAUUAAGAUUUGUUCACGACAGACUCUGAAGACAAUUGAGUUGAAAAGGAAUACAAUUUAUUCAUGUUUUAUCCUGUGUAUCUGCGUAAUUUGCAUUGUGUUCUGAUGUUCCGGUGUUGCUCUAUUUCACAACCUAAAGACGACCAUACACGGCUCUAACCACUGAAACACUUAGCAGGAAGAGACUCAUUCUUUCACUUCUUCCUGUCAAACUGACUUUCUUCUGGAUUUUUGGUUACAAUUUAAACUGGAAUCAUUGAUCAGUGAAGAACAAAGAGAAAAAAAAGGAAUUAAAAAACAAAUAGUUUUUUAAAAGGCAGCAGAUCUGUAUGAUUUUUUUUUUCUUCGGUUUUUUUAAACAUUCAAAAAGUGAAAGUAAAGUUGAUAUUGCUAGAUCUCAAACAGAGGAAAUGGCUUCGUCAGCUGAAUAUGAUUAUAUUUGUCCUGUGUGUCAUGAAAUCUUCAAUGCUCCAGUUCUUCUGUCGUGUGGUCACAGUUUCUGUAAAGAGUGCCUUCAACAGUUUUGGAGAAGCAAGAAUACUCAGGAGUGUCCCGUCUGCAGGAGAAGCUCCUUAAUGACUGAUCCUCCAGUUAAUCUGGCUUUAAAAAACUUGUGCGAGUCGUUCCUGAAGGAGAGAAAUGAGAGACGCUCAUCAGGAUCUGAGGAGAUCUGCAGUUUACACAGUGAGAAACUCAAACUCUUCUGUCUGGAGGACAAACAGCCUGUGUGUUUAGUGUGCAGAGAUUCAAAACAACACGACAAUCAUAAAUUCAGACCAGUCAGUGAGGUGGUUUCAUCAUAUAAGGAGGAGCUUAAUACAGCACUGAAGUCCUUACGAUGGAAACGUACAUGUAAUGAAGAAAUGAAUGGAGAAUUUAAGAAAACGUCUCAACACAUCAAGGCUCAAGCUGAGCACACAGAGCUUCAGAUUAAACAGCAGUUUGAGAAGCUUCAUCAGUUUCUCCGAGAUGAAGAAGAAGCUACAAUCACUGCACUGAGGGAGGAAAAGGAGCAGAAGAAGCAGGUGAUGAAGAAGAAGCUGGAGGAGAUGAACAGACACAUCUCAGCUCUUUCACACAUAAUCAAGGACACGGAGGAGAUGCUGAAAGCCAAUGACGUCUGCUUUCUGAAGGAGUUUUCAGUCUCAAUGAAAAGAGUCCAGAUCUCUCAGCCGGAUCCACAGAUGCCUUCUGGAGCUUUGAUUCAUGUGCCACGCUACUUGGGCAACCUGCCGUUCAGAGUCUGGAAGAAGAUGCAGGACAUUGUCCAGUACACUCCUGUCAUUCUGGAUCCAAACACUGCAAACGAAUAUCUCGAGCUGUCUGAUGAGCUGACCAGCGUGACAUACAGAGGAAACAAACAACCAGUUCCUGAUAAUCCAGAGAGAUUUGACUGUUAUCGUUGUGUUUUGGGUUCAGAGGGAUUUAACUCUGGAAAACACUGCUGGGACGUGGAGGUUAAAGGGAGUGACUGCUGGAGACUUGGAGUAACAACAGCAUUAAACCAGAGAAAGGGACAGGGUUUCUUUAACUCUGAUGUCUGGAGUGUAAAGUAUGGAUGGUCUGGAGGGCCUGGCUUUUGUGUUGAUCAGGCUCUUGAUCGAGUGCGAGUUGAUCUGGAUUAUGACAGAGGAACAGUGUCUUUCUCUGAUGCUGUAAAUAAUGAACAUCUACACACUUUCACAACCACCUUCACUCACACUCUCUACCCUUUCUUCAGUAAUUAUAGUCUUGUUUUCCCUCUAAAGAUUUUACCGUCCAGUAUUCAGUACUCAUUACAGCUGUAGUUCAGGAUCUUUCCUGCUUUCGUCAUCUCUCUAUAUUUUACCACAAAAGUAAAAGUCUAAAUAUCAGCACACACAGUACACACACAUCUAUACAAUUUUUAUUGAUAGAUACAUUUUUUCCCAGUUGCACCAAAUUAAUCAAAAUUAAGAAAGAUUUUAAACAA